AUGAUGAACAGAGCAGUAAGAGUAGGUGGAAAAAAAGCACCAAGAAGAGCACCAACCAAGAAGCAAGUAGAUGCAGACAAUGACAAGGGAUUCAUGACCGCACUCUCUGCUGGUGGGUACAAAUGCAACGAGGUAAAGGAUGUAGACUGCUGCAGUUUCAUGGCUGACACAGAUUCCGUUAUAAACUACAAGACUCCAGAGGUAAAGGCCGUUACCAAGGACAAUGUAGUAAUUGGGUACCUUAUUAAAGGAAAGGGCGAAUUACUAGGAGAGAACAACAGAAACUUUGACCUAGACUCUAUUAUCAAGUACCUUUCUUCAAAAGGCGUUAAUGUAGAGGAGUUAGUUGAGAAGGUCCAGAAUGGAGACAAGAAAGCAUUAGAAGAGAUUCUUGAGCUGGUAAAGACUGCUGCCAUUGAGGAGGACAAAGAAAAAGAAAAAGAAGAAUCCGAGAAGGCAGAAUAAGUCUAAAGAAUAAAUAUCAUACUGUAGCCGUG